GAUAAGGAUUGCUGACUUGAUCACUGGUUCUGUCAACGCCAAGUUUUGACUGUGGAAUUGCAGUGCUUUCUCCGCCUUGAAUCAUAGAGCCAGCAGAUACUAGGUCGAUGCUUUAGGAGAUUACCCCGGAACCUUAAGAAUAAUGAGGCUCCAGGCUCCGACGACAGUAUAUAACCUACUUCUUACCCCCCAGUCCCCACACAUUAAUCGUUUUGCAUCAGUUGAGUGCUCGAAAUUGAGUCAGGUACCACCUACUAGGGCAGACCCACCGAAACGAAGCAGCUAGGAUCGGCGUGCGCAAACUGGGACUUCGUGCCGCCAUCGCAAAAGAUAGUGAAGCUUGAUCAUUGGAACCGACCACUCGCCCAACAGCUGAAAAAUGAAUGUGUAGUUCAUGGUUGGCACACUCCCGAGCUCGUCCAGGAGGUAGAAGGAGGAGACGCAUGAAAGUCAUGGACCAGCUCCGGCGGGUCCCAAUUUCGGCCAUGAAGGGUGUUAUCUACGCGGCAGUUCUGUCCAUGGUGUUUGCCUGGACGGAAGCAACCACAAGACCUAGAGGACCCGGUGGACCGAUGCCUGCAGCCAAUCUACCCGAAGACUGCAACACCCUGGAGAGGUGUUGCAUGCCAAAGCCAUACACGGGGACCCCAGGUAUUCGACAAUUCGAGUACGAGCCCAAUCUUCCCAUUCGCGUCCGGCGCCCCGCGCAUUUACUCACCAAGAAGGAAAUCGCCAGAUUAGAGAAGGGGUACAAGCUCAUGCGGGCGCUUCCCGACACUGACCCUCGCUCAUUGCUGAACCAGAUGAAUCUGCACUGCUUGUACUGCGACAAUGGUCUGUACUUCAAAGGCGCCGAUUACCCGUUGGAGGUCCACAACGGCUGGUUCUUCUUACCUUGGCAUCGCAUGUUCUUGUAUUUCCAUGAAAGGAUUCUAGGGGAGCUGCUUGGAGAUGAUACGUUCGCUUUGCCUUAUUGGAAUUGGGACAAUCCCGAGGCAACCGAACCCUUGCCUAAUGCGAUUCCCAGCUUUUACUGGAAUCCCAACUCUUCACUCUACGACCCGAAUCGCAACAUCUGCUCAAGACCGCCCUUCAUCGUGGAUCUGGACUCAAUUGGCGGCUGCACCAACAAAACCGCCGACUUCCUUCGAGUCCAGAACACGCGCCUUCAGUAUACGCAGAUGGUUUUGGGUGGCGACACUCCAGCGCUUUUUUACGGAAUGCCUUACAGAUUGGGAGACUUCGGGGGUGGCGGCCCUGGGACAUUUGAGGAUCAACCCCACGGGACCAUUCAUGCGUGGGUCGGUGAUCCCAACGCUGAGGCGCCUUUCCGUCCAUUCGAUGACAUGGGUAAUUUUGGCCGUUCUGCAUUCGACCCUGUCUUCUACGCUCACCACGCGAACGUCGAUCGCCUUUGGUGCCUGUGGACCCACCUUCGAGGUGGCAAGCGAACCUACCCCAUGGAUUCCGAUUUUGUGACAUCCCAGUUCUCAUUCUAUGACCAUAAGGGAAACCUUGUGAAGAUGAAUGUCUCCCAGACUCUGGACACCGAUUUACUCAGGUACAAGUUUGAGGAUUCACCGACUCCGUGGGAGACCAAUGGAGUGGCAGCCGGAAACGAGUUCAACAUUCCUCGCUGCAAUCCAGCAUCGAAGUCUGCGGUCAAUAGAUUGAUCGCAGCGACGCCGAAGCACAGCAGCAAGGACAUCCUGGACAUCACCCCGCUCACAUUCAAAGUGCGACGCCCUGCUCGAAGCAGCGUCGGAACAGAGGUCCUCGAAAUUUCGGGACUCCAGAUUCCGAACAUCACCCUGCAAGCGCACUGGAAGGCCUUCCUGUUCUUCCCGCAAGUGAACUUCACGCAUGGCGCCAUCUGCCCAGAGUUCGUGGGAACUUACAACUUCAUUCCUCACGUGGGGCAGGCAAAGUAUAACCCGAAGAGGGUGUGGAGAGUCGCCGUCGGCCCGAAGCUCAAAGCCCUGGGCCUCGACCACGUCAAGAGUGUCAUCGUGACGCUGGUGCAACCGCCAGGCCCGUGGCUUCAGGAUAUCAAGUUCACCAAAGCCAAGAUCCUUUACGACACUAGCGGUUGAGCCCGGGAGCGACAAGCAGUGAACUUCGGCCCACGAAGAGAACUGUGAGACCGUGGGGGUGUGAUCGCAAGCAUGAAUCUCCUGCACUUACAUAUGGUUCCUUUCCAAUGGUUAGAGAGGAUUUCUGAACUAGGUGACCACCUAAAUAGCCGGAAUCGUAGACACCGUGGUCGUUCGUGAAUGGUUUUUCUCUUCUUCAAUGACGAGAGAAUGCGUCGAACAUUGUGGAGGAGUCAUUUCUUCCAUCGAUGAAGAUCCGGUUGUGAUGUUCUUAGGAGGAGGGCUUUGCUGUUGAAGCUGGGACUUGGGUCUGGUCUACCAGCAUUUUGGAGAGGUCGGUGUUCAUACUUUUUUUUUACAACUAGCAUUGUUUCAUUGCACCAUUCGCUACGAGCCGCCUGAUAGUUCUGGGAUUUGUCACAUGGCACUCGGGGAUGCUAAGGUUGUAGGCUUUACAACUAGAAAAAUGUUGCCUCGUUUGAGUGCUGGACUUGAUCGAACUGUUCAGGUUUUGUGCCUCAGCGAAGGAACCCACUUCAGAGAGGAAUUAUGCUGCUGAUAAUUUCUGCAUCUAGGUGCCUGAAGAAUCGUUGUUUCCAUUUGAAGAUUUCAAGUGGGAUUCGACAUUGAAUUAGCCUAGCAAGAGUACCACUUUUCGUGUUUAGUUUCGGUUUCAGGACCCUUUUUCGUAACAGAAUUCAUUUGUGUCGAAUGCUUCAGCAUCAUAAAACGCAGUAGAUGGUUGAAUAUACAUCUUCUUUAGUCGAGGGUUUCAUUCAUCGUAGGCUACAACAUUGUAGUUCUAUGAACGGAAUUCAUAGAAAUCGGAAUAAGAUUUGUACCUCCAGUGAACUGAAAGAAGUGAAUUUAUUUGUGUUUUUAACUUCAGGAAUAUUAUUUUCCUAUUGACUGUCAA